AUGGUGGAUCAAGAGAGUUUUCUGAAACAAAGAAUUGGGAAGGCUGAAAAGCAACUUAAAAGGCAAUGGGCAGAUAACAAAGAGACAGAGACAACCAUGCUGAUGUUUCAAUGUCUCGAUGCUGGGAAGGUCGUGCAUAACGAUAUGUCAAUGAGUGAUUUGAAUGAUCUUUCUUGCAUGAUUGAUCAUAAUUUGAGGAAGAUAGGUAGAAUGAAGGAAUCCGAUGAUAGUGAAAAUAUUAAUCACCAAAAUCCAAUCGAAAGUCAAGUCAUGGCUGCUCAAAGCCAAGUCCGACUCCCCAUGGCACCACCACCGCCGCCACCACCAACCGCACCUGAUAAUGAUGAAAUUAAAAUGAUGAGUAGGUUGGGAUGGAUAUGA